AUGCCAGAUUUUCGUUACGCUCCCCAAUACUUUCGAGCUUCAAGCCCCAUCACUUUUGACAAUCCGAUCGGCGAUAACUCACAUGGACAGCAAGUAGUGACACUCCGUUAUGACGCAGUCGAUCAAUUUCUUCACCAAAUUCGAACUAAGACCUUUGCAAAAGGAACAUGUGGAGAUAGUGGAGGUCCACUGCUUCAAAUGGACGAAGAUGGACGUCAUAUACUCGUUGGGAUUUGUAGUAGCGGUGAUAGCUGCAAUCAGCAUAGCAAGAAUAUGUUGAACUAUUUUACUGACGUUCGUGCUAAUUUGGAUUGGAUCUGCAAACAUUCCGGUGUGUGCCCAGUGGAAGAAAGUGCUUACAAGCAACCAAGAAAACUUUAA